GCGGAUGAGAAUCAGUAUGCGAAUACUCAGUGCUCAGUUCUGCACAAAGUUGGUGCAACCAUGUUUGAUUAUGAAACUUGCUCCGGUGGCUUUACGGUGGUCAGUAAGAGUACGUGAAUUAUUCUGUACGAACCGGUGAACAACUGAUAAACUGGCAAAGGAUGCCACCGGCAUCGGUAGUUAUUUCUUCGAAUCCACCUCACUUAAGCAAUAAUUCGUUCCUCGUCAAAUUAGCGGUGGAUCUCAAUGUGACCAGCAUCCCUCUGGCUAUUUUUCUACUAAUUUUGAUUUGCAUCGCAUGUAUUCUCUUUGUGGUUGUCCUAAUCCUAAUUGCGAGGAGUUGCAUACGGCGAAAAUUUAUUGCCAAACGCAAGCGGAAACCAGCCAAAGGGAUAUAUCUGGAUGAGAUAGCUGGUGCUGUGCUGGGAGAUGUCGAAAAUACGCUCGGUUCCCUGGAAUAUUCGCUUGAAUAUGAUUUGCAGAGUCAGCAGUUAAAAGUGGGCGUAAUUCAAGCCCAUAAUCUUCAGACUCCCGCUGGUGUGGACGCACUGGACGCAUACGUCAACGUAAAUGUGUAUAAACAAAAGGGAGGCAAGAAUGAACCGGUUGGUAAGCCACAGCAUACCAUCAGAAGACAUUCGCAAAAUCCGGUUUGGCAUCAGUCCUUCUGUUAUGAUGUUCGCGAAAGAGAACUUCAAGUUGUGUUUGUUGUUUUUGAAAUGUUCGACUACGAUAGUAUCGGGCAAGACAGAAGCAUUGGAAUUCUAAAGGUGACGUUAAAAGACUUGGAUGAAAGUGACUAUGCCGGACAAAUAUUUGAGUGUACUGGUUGGCUAAAGCCCGGAACCCCAAUGGUGGACGGUGUUGGUGAAUUGUGCGUUGGUCUCAGCUACUAUCCACAGCACAGUCGGAUAGACGUGACGAUUUACGAGGCACGUCAGCUUAACGUUGCCGACAAACUGUCAAAAAGAAAAGGAAAUCGCCUGCUUAUAAACGUGGAGCUACAAGACAAAAAGGGACGACGUUUGAGCUCCAAUGAGACAAAACCCAAGAGCGAAAUCAUCAAUCCAUAUUUCAACUCCAAGAUGAGCUUCCCAUCAAAGAAUGUCGAGUUGACCGAGUGUGCGGUCGUUUGUCAGCUAAAACGACAUGGCAAAUUAGGUGGAAACAAGACGUUAGCUUACUGUAUCCUUGGAUUUGGUUCAACAAUCAGUACCGGAUCAAAACAAUGGGAAGAGAUGUUGAGGAAUCCAUCAAAAACACAUGUAAUGUGGCACACUCUUAUCCAACGAGGCAAAGAUAGCGCAAAAUAAACCUACGCAUCUGCUCAAGUCUGCAUCGGCACAUCGUAGCCACUACAGGCGGCUGGCAAGUUUGGCAAAAUUUGUUUAGUGUGAACUUUGCUACUUUAUCAUACUUUACAGUUUAACUGAAUUAACUGUUCUUCAGGCAGAUAGCUAACCCUUUGUCCUUGGUGGGGUGAUUACACAAACUACCACAGCAGAAGAAGAAACGUUCAUUGAGUAUGUUAUUGUAACAUAAACACAUAAUGCAAACGCGGGUAUAGAAAGGGGAAAUAUGGUCAAAAGAUCGGAGGACUUCGGUGCAAUCGAACUACCAACAGUUGGAAUGGUGUCCGAUGACCCCAAGCCAUUGUAGUAAAAAGCCUUCCAAUUUGUACACAAAUUUUCGUGUAAACACUGUAAAUGUUUUCUGAAUAAAUGUAGAAUCGUGG